CGGCUAAGAUCUCUUUUCCCAAACUUUUUUGGCUCUUAGAAAAUUCAUUCAGUUUCCCAAGAAAUGUCUCUGUCAUUGUUCAGUAGAUAAGCCACUCUCUCUCUCUAUCUCUAUUAUAAAAAGAAGAUUCUCCCAUUAGUGAGGUUACUUCUGCAACGAGAUUUUUUGAUUUUCUGGGAUUCAUCAAAGGGGUCGAGAGGAGAAGAGACUGAAAGUGAAAGAAGAGAGCUUCAAUGGCUAAUCCGACCACCAAACUCUGUUUGGUCUCUGUUUUCUUGCUCUUGGGGCUUGCCUCCUCGUCUUUCUUCUCGCAGGUUGCCACAGCAGAAAAUCUAUCAAAACAGAAGCUAAACUCAAAGAUACUUCAGGAAGAGAUUGUGAAGAAAGUUAACCAAAAUCCAAACGCUGGAUGGAAAGCUGCUAUAAAUGAUCGAUUCUCAAACGCAACCGUUGCAGAGUUUAAGCGUCUUCUCGGGGUUAAACAAACACCAAAGAAGCACUUCUUAGGUGUUCCUGUUGUAAGCCAUGAUCGAUCUUUGAAGCUACCUAAAGACUUCGACGCUAGAACCGCUUGGCCACAAUGCACCAGUAUCGGAAACAUCUUAGGUUUGGGACAUUGUGGUUCUUGUUGGGCAUUUGGUGCUGUUGAAGCAUUAUCUGAUAGAUUCUGUAUCCAAUUCGGAAUGAACAUUUCUCUAUCAGUGAAUGAUCUCUUAGCAUGUUGUGGCUUCAUGUGUGGUGAUGGUUGUGACGGUGGCUACCCAAUUGCUGCUUGGCGAUACUUUAAACUUCACGGUGUUGUCACGGAAGAGUGUGAUCCAUACUUUGAUCAAACCGGAUGCUCUCACCCGGGUUGCGAACCGGGAUAUCCCACACCGACAUGUUUGAGGAAAUGCGUUAGUGGAAACCAGUUAUGGGGAGAAUCUAAGCAUUACAGUGUUAGUACAUACACUGUUAAUUCUAAUCCACAAGACAUCAUGGCAGAGAUUUAUAAGAAUGGACCUGUUGAAGUCUCUUUUACAGUUUAUGAGGAUUUUGCUCAUUACAAAUCUGGAGUGUACAAGCACAUAACAGGUUCUAACAUUGGUGGUCAUGCUGUUAAACUUAUUGGUUGGGGAACUACCAAUGAAGGAGAAGAUUAUUGGUUGUUGGCAAAUCAGUGGAACAGAAGCUGGGGUGAUGAUGGUUAUUUCAUGAUUAGGAGAGGAACAAAUGAGUGUGGGAUUGAAGAUGAACCAGUGGGUGGUUUGCCUUCAAGCAAGAAUGUGUUUAAGGUUAUUACCGGAUCAGAUCAUCUUUCGGUUGGUUCGGUUUAAGAUAAUCUUUUGGUUGGUUCGGUUCUGUAAGAUACAUGUUAUAUUACUAUUAUGUUGUUGUUGACUUCUUCUUGUUGUUUCGGGUCCUUGAAAAUGUUAAAGAAAUAAAAAAAAUUCAACCUAAGCAAAGAUAAAGUAUGGGUUUUUUAGCUUCUCUCAUAACUUAUCUUUUAACCUAUCUUUUUAUAACUUAAACUGAUUGUCUCUAUGAUAUCCAAAAAGAUUAAUGAUUUGUUCA